UAUACACAGUGCGCAUGCGCAAACUGUGAGCCAUUUUGGAAAUGAAAGGAAUCGGAAUCGCAGAUUUUUUGUCAACAUUGGCUAAUUUCUAUGACAAUUGACAUUAAAUUACAAACAAUGCUAACAGUUUCAUUUGACAAUGAAUCAACGGAGUCCAAUACAACCCUAUCUUAACAAUUCACUGGCUGUGCGCCAGGAAAUCCAACGAUUUGAAAGUGUUCAUCCCAGUAUUUACGCGAUUUAUGAUUUGAUAGAUGCUAUUCCCGACCCCCUGAUACAACAACAGAUAAGAGAACAUGUUGUUUGUAUUGAAGAUUCCUUUGUAAAUAGUCAAGAAUGGACCCUGAGUCGUUCUGUUCCAGAUCUCAAACUGGUAAGUUUCUUGCGAUCAGUUCCAGAACUCAAAUUGGGUAUAUUGGGAUCAGUGCAGAGUGGCAAGUCAGCAUUAGUUCACAGGUACUUGACGGGAUCCUACAUGCAGGAAGAGUCACCUGAAGGUGGGCGAUUUAAAAAAGAAGUGAUCAUAGAUGGACAGAGUUAUCUUCUCUUGAUACGUGAUGAAGGAGGGGCCCCUGAAAUGCAAUUUACUCAGUGGGUAGAUGCUGUGAUAUUUGUGUUCAGUUUGGAGAAUGAGAUCAGCUUUCAGUCCGUCUAUCAAUACUACCUGAAGAUGACACACUUCAGAAAUACUGCAGAAAUCCCCCUUAUACUUGUUGGUACUCAAGAUGCGAUCAGUGAGAGUAAUCCACGAGUGAUAGACGAUACACGUGCCCGUAAAUUAGCCAACGAUCUGAAGCGAUGUUCUUAUUAUGAAACCUGUGCUACUUAUGGUCUCAAUGUUGAAAGAGUCUUUCAAGAUGCUUGUUCUAGAAUAGUUCAGUUUCGUUACCCCAGUAUGCCUUCAGCUCUACCAAAUGUGCCAAGUACCCCAAAUCACUCACAACGUCCUUACUACAUGACCCAGACCUCGAAACCGUAUGAUACCCACAGCACUAGUAGCCAAUCAACAUCAAGCAGUGGUACCUUAGUCACCAGGAACGAUCCAAAUGUAAUAGCACAGGUACCGCCAACACCUAAAGACAUGGGAAAAGAGGAAAAAUCUCGAGAGAAAGACAAAUCGGAGAAGAAGAAAGAUAAACAUAAACAUAAAGAACAACCACCACCAGAGGAAGAGGACGACGUUGAUUACCCACACUCUACCCCUCUGUCAUCUCGUAAAAGUAAAAAACAGUCGACAGCGGUCCAGAAAUCUAAUUCGUUCAGUGGAGCUACCACCAUUCGACAGUUUACACAAUCACAGACUACCCCAGUUCUAAGUCGGAAAAACUCAAAGUUUUUAAAAUCUUCUUUCUUAAGUGACUCUAAACCGGACUCUAAGGAACUUCCUACGCCCACGAGUACGCCGACACAGAGUCGUAAAAACAGACGGCGGUCAAAUCUGUUCAAUCCAUAUAGAUACCAGUCCCAACCUAUCCAGCUUAGUGUCUUCACUCCAAGACCUAAGAAUAAAGACAAGGAUAAAGACAAAGAUAAAGGUCAAGCAGAAGAUGACAAGAAACAAGAGGGUGAGAAACUUGGGUGUGGUCGUGUCAUACCUAUAAAACAGGGCUAUCUUUACAAAAAGAGCCAUGGUUUGAACAAAGACUGGAAGAAGAAAUAUGUAACGUUGUUAGAUGAUGCAAGAUUAACUUAUCAUCCCAGUCUGCACGAUUAUAUGGAGGAUGUUCAUGCCAAGGAGAUUCCUCUAGGUCAUGUGACCGUCAAGGUCCCGGGUAUGCGACCUCGAGGGUCAAGGUCAACAAGUACAAACCAGGAUCCUACAAAUAAUGGCAACAUUGCAAUGGAAAUGAACAAUCUGUCAAUAGGAGGUAAGAACAAGGAGAAUGCUGUGGAUGAUAGAAUGAAUCUAGAUGAAGCAUUUGUAAUCUCUAACUCAGUAACACAAGGCAUGCCGAACGGAGAUUUUAAUAAAUUAGCUGUAAACAAUAAUGCAAACUUAAGCUCAAAAAUAGAAACUCCCAAUGUGAAGAAGAGACAUCGGCGGGCCAAAAGUGGCGGCCUCAAAGAUCCUAGUCAAGGUGACGAUUCAGACGGGUAUGAGUUCCACAUAGUAUCAUUGUUCAAUAAACAGUGGCAAUUCGAGGCCAGUAGUCUAGAUGAAAGAGAUGAAUGGGUAGCUGCAAUAGAACAACAAAUCCUUGCCAGUCUCCAAGGCAACGAGAGUAGUGGUAAAAAACAGUCCACUACGGAUCCUGCCGGAAUCCUCGCCAUCCGAAAUACUCGAGGCAAUAAUCAGUGUGCAGAUUGCGGGGCUCCGGCUCCCGAAUGGGCCAGUUUGAAUUUAGGAACUCUCAUAUGUAUAGAAUGCUCAGGUAUCCAUAGAAACUUAGGAACACAUUUAUCACGAGUCCGGUCUCUUGGUCUGGACGAGUGGCCGUUGGACCUUAUUCAUGUAAUGACAUCAAUAGGAAACACUGUUGCUAACUCUGUUUGGGAAUUUAAUCUGAAAGGUCGCACUAAACCAGCACCUAACGGAGCAAGAAAUGACAAAGAACAGUGGAUUAGAGCAAAAUAUGAUAGUAAAGAAUUUUUACCACCACCUCCCUAUGUAGAUAUACCAUUAAAUCAGCAAUUGAUAGAUGCUCUAGUACGGGAAGAUAUACGGAAUAUUGUCCUGAUUCUGGGACAUGCUAAUGCUGAAGAUAUUACUGCCCCGUAUAGCAAGGAUGAUGGAAGAACAGCCCUACAUAUUGCUGCUGCAUUAGGAAAUGUUGUCUUUGUCCAGUUAUUACUUUGGCAAAAUGCCAAUGUGAAGGUUGUGGACCAUGAAGGAAGAAAUGCAUUAUGGUAUGCAAAGAGUUCCGGCUCACAGGAGUGUGUAGAUCUGCUAAUGAACAGUGGUUGUCCGGAGCAUCCCACGUUACCACGGAGACGUGGCAGUUCUCAUCAGAGUGGUGGAAGUGGAGGAAAAACGGACGUUUUUGAGAAGUUACCCGCCAGUGUUAUAUAGAAACAGUACAGUAGUGGCAAAAAGGCUUUUAUUUGCAUGCAAAGUUAAUUAUUAAAAGGGUUCAAGAUUUAAUGGGAAUGAGAAUUCCUGGAUGUGGAAUUUCGCGCUUGAAUUCUUGCCUUGAAACAUCGGAAAUACACCGACAGGAGUUAAUACGGAGGAAAAUUGACAUUGACUUUUUAAUUUUAGUCUGAAAUGCUCAUUCUUUUAGUUUCAAGCAUGCAGAAUCUAGUGUUGUGAAACAGUAUAAUUACAUGCAGCAAAGGAAAUACUCCACGUUCAAGGGCUAUUUGUAUUGCAGACGGAUGAAUCCUCCAGCGUUUAUUUUAUUCUUUGUGGAUUUAAGUUUAUACCAGUCCAUUAUAUGUUGAUGAACUAUGUGGCUAUAAGCUUUACAAAUUCUGCAUACAUUGAUAAUCUGUGUGGAUUCUAGCUGUAGGAAUCCUCCAGAAUUUUGCCAACUGUGGAUCAAAGACAUAUAAUCAUGCACAUGUCGAUAACAUAUGUGGAUUUAUGGUAUAUGAAUCAUGCAUGUGUUAAAGAACUGUGUGGAUAUGAGAAAAAGAAGUCCUGCAUACUCUGUAUGGAUUUAUGCUAUAUGAAUCCUACAAACACUGUGUGGAUUUAUGCUAAUGAAUCCUGCAUAAGUUGAUACUCUGUGUGGAUUUAUGCAAAAUAAAUCCUGCAUAUGUUGAUACCUUGUGUGGAUUUAUGCUAUAUGAAUCCUGCAUAAGUUAAAAUGCUGUGUGGAUUUAUGCUAAAUGAAUCUUACAUAAGUUGAUGCUCUGUGUGGAUUCAUCAUAAAUGAAUCCGGCAUAAGUUGAUACUGUGUGUGGAUUUAUUUGUGUGAAUGUGUCUCAAUAACAUUUUAAGAGUGUACACUCGUUUAUCCGUGGUAACACUCUUUAUCCAUGUUAAGUAUUUAGUGAUUUUAGUAAUUGUUAUAUAUGAAAUGUAUUUAUUUGAAUUUAAUGGAAUUAAAGUGCAAUAAAGGGCUAUAUUUAGCAUUUAAAUGUAAAUAGAUAUACGCAAAGGCAGUAGCAAGCCCUUUAGUGCAGAAUCUGAACGCUAAAUGAUAACUGAUUUAUUUGGUAAUUGGUUCUAACUAAUAGUGAUAAAAAUGAAUUAUUGAUAGAUAUAUAAAUGUGAAAAAAAUUUAGGCCAGUUUUUGAUGUCUUGAGAAAAAAAAAUUGUAACUUAUUAAAGAUUUUAACUAUAAAUCGCUAUUGCGAAGAAAAAUAUAACCAAUAAAUCUCUCUGACAGAAAUAUAGAAACUUUUUUUUUCCAAUUAAAAAAUAACAACAACAACAUGUGUUCAGAUUUCUAGAGAUACAAAAAGUGCUUUGCAAGAUAGUGGUUUUUAACUGUAGCUAUAUAUCUAUAUAUAUAUAUUUAUCUUUACCUUUAAUAAGCUGAUGUGAUGUAGAUGGUUGCUAUGGUAACUACAAUCACGUACAUGUCAGCAUAUAAGUGCUGAUUUUUGCUCUCCAUGUUUCACCUUUCCCCUGUUGCAACAUAGAGAUUGUCCUACAUCUGUGUUAAACCUUAACUUGCUGGAACCAAAUAUUGGUCAGCCUUUGCCACCAGUAUAGAGCCAGGCCGGCCUGCACUUCCAUGCAGUCUGACCAGGUUCAAUACUGUUGGUAACUCAAAUUUUUAAAUUUAAAUCCCUAUAAUUUUAAAUGGACUGUUCCAAAUUCAAAGCAGGGCAAUUCCAUUAUACAAAUUCCAGCAAGUUAAGAGUUAAGACAUAUAGCCUGCAUUAUAUUUGAAUGUUUAUCUACCUGACUGGAAAUAUUAGAUCUGCAUUUUAAAGUUCUGAUUCUGUGGUUGUUUUUAAUUUUUAUUUUUUAUAAUAAAAAAAGCUGAUAUGUUUAACAUCAGAUUUUUGUUGCCAUUUUUUUUUCUUCAUUUUUUUUUUCAUGGGGACCAUGUGUAUGAAUGACCAUUUAAUCUUUUCAUUUUACAGCAGUGUUUUUAAGUUUUUUGCUUCUUUUCCCAGAAACCAUCUUUACAUUAAAGGUAUUGUUCAUAGCCAUGUACAAGAGGACGUAUUUUAUAAUAAUUUGUAUAAAUCACUAGAAAAUUACCCACAUUGUGUAUAACGAUCACUUUAUUUAUGAUUAUAAUAACAACUACAUCGUAUUUAUUAUUACUAAAGGUCAGAUAGCAUUAAAAUUCCAUGAAAUUUAAGACUUCAUUACAUGAAAUUUAAGACUUCAUUACAUGAAAUUUAAGAGAUCAUUACAUGAAAUUUAAGAGAUCAUUACAUGAAAAUACAGUAUUAGUUCCUAAAUUUGGUCAGUGAUUUAUUGUAAUAUGCAUUUGAAUAGCUUAUAUAUCCAAUUUUUAAGUUGUGAAAAACUGAAAAAAGUUUUUUGGAAAAAAGAUUGUGUGACCCUUAACCUGUAGGAAUUAGAGUAAGCCUUUACCAUUAGUAUAGAGUCAGGACAGCCUGUAUAUCUGUGCUGUCUGAACAGGCUCUAUACUGUUGGUAGCUCAAAUUUUUGUUUUUCAAUUUAUUUUGAGAUCCUAUAAUUGUUUGCUAAUGGAUUGUUCUGGAAUUGAAAGAAGGGCAAAUCCAUUAUAUAAAUUUAGCAGGUUAAAGCAGCAUGCCUCCAGAUUUAUGCUAAUUUUCAUGAAAAUCUUGAAAUUGUAUUUAAAAGUAAAAUAUUAUGAAAUUUACACGCUGCAAGUGACACUUUCAGUCCAAGAAAUUACCAAAAUGAGGUCAAAAUAUGCAAAAUUAGCCCUUACUGCAUUAGUAUUGCAGUAGAAAUAUGGUGAUUAAUACUCUAAAAUAGGUUAUUAAUAGCACAUAACGUGUAAAUUAUUAGUUGAAUCGUUUUACUUUUUCUUAAAAUCUAAGUAUAUUUUUCUCAAGUUGAAUUUUCUUUUAAUAUUUUGGCACGUCUGGAGGCAUGCAGCUAUAAGGGAUAAAGAUAUCCCCGAUAAGUUAGUGAUAUAACUUAGUAGAAUAUUUUAGCUUAUAAUCGGACAAACCAUCAGUGUUGAAUUAUUUUAUUACUUUAAUAUACUAAACAUUUUUACUGACUUGUUAUUUCCUGUAUACAGUAUCUACUUCACUAUGACUUUAAUCAUGUAGAAUUUAUAUCCAACUCAGUAAAAUCUUGCUGAAAUUUUAUUAGGUUGUUUACUUGUUUGCCAAUAAAGGUCCAAUACUUCAAAUGUCAUCAUGAUUUUGGCUAUGUUAGUUAUCAGUAUUCCUGUUUCAUCUUUUUAAAGCAGCACACCUUCAGAGUUAAGUUAACCCUUACCUUACUAAACGUGAAGCAGAUUCUCUUCACUGAUGUUUUAUAUAAACAUAAUUAUUCUUGUGAAAGUUCUUAAGAAAAAUCUGCAAUAUCUUUGUCAGGAAUUUUUACUUGUAUUUUAGGUUGUUUUUCGAAAAAGUUUACUAGGUUGUUUCUUUUGAACUGAUUGUUGACUAUUGAAUUUUUUUCUUUGUUUCUCCAGUAAACCAUGCUUGUAAAGCUUGGUUAAGGUGUUAGAGGGGUGCUUAAGUUCGGAAGAUUUUAAAAAUUCUUAAUAAUUGUUGCAUUGAGUUUUUAGAUUUUGGGUAGCCACAACAAUCUAAAGCUUACCUUACCUGUUCAAAAGAUAAUCUUAAACAGAUAUAAGUAUUACCUUAACAGGUCAAAGGGUCGUCUCAACAUAUCGAAAAUAUCUCUAUGUUGAAAAUAUCUAUAUGAAGGUCUUUAAGCAAUAUUGUCCGACAUGUGUAUCUCUCAGAUUUUAACCCUUAAGUAUGAUAUAUGGGACGAUAACUUACAUUAUGCUACCAGUUUAGAGCCAGAGAUUCUCGAUCACGUUGACUCAUGGGCAUUUUACUGAGAACUUUAAAUAAUAUAAACUAGAAUAUUAACUUUUAAGAAAAUUCUUGUUGAUUUUUUAAUUUUACUUAAAAUGUGUUGUAAUUUAACAUUAAAAUUAUGGUCUAUGAUAACGAAGGAGUUGAUAUGUAUGUAUGCACAUGUGUUUAAAAUCUCAGCAUUUCUAGUGCCCCCCUAUCUAUUUGUUUGUGUAUCAAGGUUCUUCAUUUGUCAGCUGAGAGCAUCUAUUUAUACCUGAUGUAGAGUUACAUGUGUUUAGAUGUUAUAUAUGUAUUAUGUAAAAUAUUGUUACUUGUAUAUGAAAAUGCAAAUCGACAAAUUAAAAACAAAAAUCACUAA